UCCAUUCGGUCGCACGGUAAACUUGUGCAUCGCUUUCAGUCGUGUGUUCGCCUUCGGGAAAAAAACAGACUCUAAAAAAUAUAAAAUAAAUCGUAAUUUUCGGCAGUGUGUGGUGUGGGGAACGGUGUUUAACGCAGCGAAGAUCCUAGUGAGAGAUAGAUGUUAAAAGAUAUACGGUUUACAACAAAAAAGAACAUCAUUUGACAUCAAUUUUUUUCUCAAGUGUGUGAUCGGAUAGGUGUCAGCAUACAUCCGAUAAUUUUUUUUCCGCUGCCUUUUCUGACUGAUGGCCAUCGGUGACUCUGUUGUCCGGUAAAGCCACUCGAAAAGGUUGACGUGAAAGAAAGCGAGAAAAAAAGGUGUGAUUAGAAGAAGAUUUAACGGAUCAGUGAUAAUUUGUCGAGUGGAAUAAAAGGCAAAAUAAUAGGAGCGCCUAAGACCCUAAGUGGUGGUGCCCGCGUGUGAUAUAGAGAAAGAGUGCCGAGCCAGCGAUUACCGGUUGGUGGUGAGAAAGGCUUGGCUGAUGCCAUCAAGUUAUUUCCAGCUCUGCGCGAAACAAGGUCAAUAGAGGAGAAUUCUUUCCGUUUUUUUUCUUCUUCCUCUUCGGUGUUAACCGGGUGGGUUGGUGAAUUUUGAUUAGUGCCAAGUGGGAAGCAAAAGAAGUGAAAGGGGGAAUCGGCUAAUUAAUCGUUCUAGUUUGAGAAAUCGUGCCUGGUGGAAAUUGUACACGGAUAAUUGAUUCAUUACCACAACGAGAGAAUCGGAGUGAUUUGAUACUUCUUGUUUGCUGUUCGGCACGGGUGUGUAUAAUUAUAUAGCCGAGCGUAGCGAGUGAACUGCUGUGGAACUGGAGCCAGUGGUGCAGAGAACUACGGACGAGAACUUUCUGUCUCAUCGGGGGAAUUCAUUACCAUUGUUUACUGAAUUCAAAAUUCCUGAACUAUCGUCGCCGGUUCCAGAAAGCCUUUGACGGUAUAGAAUCUGCAGAUUGACACAUAAUAACAAAGCGGUAGCACCGACACCGGCUGGAUUGACGGUUUAGCAUGCGGAAUUCCAAAAAUGUUACAACCUAAUAAAUUAUUUAUGAGCAUCUAGUGCAAUCAUCAUCACAACACAAGUGGGUGAGUUUGCUACAGCCUCAAAAGCGAAGCCGCUGCAACCGUUUCCAAGUGUGCAGCGAGAGAGAGAAAAAGAGACAAACAGGUGUGGUGUUGUACCUCUGAACUGCAACUAGAUCGUGACGAUCGGCCCCGAACAGCGCGGGAAUCGCGCGCAUUAAACGAAAGUGAAACCAUGGAGAAAUAUGUAACCGUUGUGUCGGUCGAUGAUCAGCCAUCAGCUUCUAGCAGCUCACACGCGGGAAAGGGUGAGAGUGACCAGCGUCAGCCACUUCCUAAUGUAGACAUCAAGGAAGUGUUGGCAGGAGGUGCCCCAGCACCGGCAGUUGAUUCACAGUUUGUGACAGUGGUAUCGAUUAGCCAUGGUGUGGGUGGAACGGAAGAAUUGGAACCUGAGGUGGUACUAGUUUAUCGGCUGCCUGGAGAGCGGUUGGGAUUUGGUCUUAAGUUUCAAGGUGGAACUAAGAACAAUGAGAAAAUUCAGCGAUUGUUCAUUCAAUCAUGUGCGGAAAAUAGUCCCGCUUCGCGGGUUCAGGCCAGUUGGGGAUAUCUCCGGGAAGGUGAUGAGAUCCUAGAGAUCGAUGAAGUCAGCGUGACACGGAUGACCCGAAUCGAGUGCGUGAAGUGUUUGAAGGAAAGCAAUUUGGCUAUUAAGCUACUGGUGAGAAACGGGGAGGGUAAAGUACAAAACUUCUACGAUGAAAACGGAGAUAUUCCGGAACGGAAAAGCGUUCCACCUCCUCCGCCACCGGUUCCACCAAGGAAGUUGAAUAAACGAAAAUCGGUGGAGCAACCACUCGGUAAUGAUAUACCGGUUAAGCAAAUCGUUGAAAUCGUACACCCACCCGACGCGGAGGUGUACUCAAACUUAUUCUCAGAUGAUAUCAGUGAUUUAAUCAGUGAAUCUGACGACACUGCCAGUACAAUUUCCACAGUCAUAGAUAAGUACUCCAUAUGUUCUAGUCUAUCGUCCGAGGAUUACACAAUUUCGUCUAACCCAAGUAGUUUGGAGCUAGCAAAGGCUCUGAAACCGUUUACACUUUUGGAGAAAGAGUUCAACUUAGAGAAUAAGCUGGAAAAUAACAUCUUCGCCUUUCAGUCGAAUUCGAUUAAUGUAGUCCAGCUGGAGGUUGAAGCCGAGCCUCUGAUGAAUGAGUACGAAAACAUCACCACAGCCAAGGUAGAUGAAGCUCAAAACUACGAAAACAUUGUAGUGCACGCUAGUGAUCAUCAGCCGCAAAACUACGAAAAUGUUACCAUCCAAACCGUAACUGAACCUCAACCAUAUGAGAACGUAACAAUCACAACCUCAUUCGGUGGCACUUCGGAGUCCGCUGUUUACGAAAAUGUUGACCUCAAAUCUCCCCCAAGACCACUUCCCAGGCAAGCGGGCACAACAGAACCGAAAAAGCGUGCCGCUCCAGUGGCUAAUGUGGUUCCACCGCCGCGUCAGAAAACCCCGAGAAUGGCUCCAUUACCACCAAUCCCACCACAACUGCCUCAUGAAUUUAAUACCAUUCAAAGUUGGCUUCAGGAAGCCACCGAAGUCAUUCAUGAAUGCGCUCUGACCGGCACUGGCGGUAACGAACCAGCGAAAGAGGAAAAGUCCCCUCUUCGUAGCGCCGGUAGCAACGAAAAUCUCCCACGGUUAAUUGAUUUCCAUCCGAAAGUAUCUAGUCCUUUCAAAGCUUCCCCUCCGCAGCCGACAAUUAUAACGAUCGACAACGUUCAAAAUGUAAAUAACGAACAUCAUCAGAUCGUACCUGCGUCGGAACAAAUGGUGUCCGUGAAAAAGUGUAUCAAAAUUAUCGCUAACGAAUCGAACGAAGCGAACCACCAUUACAUCGAAAGCUCUGACGACGACGAUGACGAUGAUGACGAAAAUGACGAGCAAGAGGACGAGGAGAGAAUCUACGAACCGGCCCAAAUGGAGGAAGAUCGACAGCUGCGCUGCUAUGCCGAACUUGCCGGCAUGGGAGCUUUCGACAGUUACAGCGACGAGGAUGGCGAAAAGCUUGGUCCGCCGGAGAUUAUCGACGGAGGUCCCUCGGAGGCGUACUUCAAUUAUCACUGGACCACUACGUUACUGCCACCCAUCGGUGAGGUGGAAGAGGAGUUUUCCUCGCUGGAGAAUCAACAGAGCGGUCCAAUCGUGAUAAUCGACACCGCCGAGGAGACGUUAUUCAAUGACUCGAACAACAACCAGCAUCGGGAACCGAAGCCCAAGCUAAACGGUCACUCCUCCGCCGAGUCACCUUUGGGUUUGGCAAAUUCCUUGGAUGAAGCUAUACUGGCACUGCUGCCACCAACAAAAAUUGAAAUCGUCUGUUCGACACUACCGCAGGCAGCUUCUUCCUCCAGCGAUCCUCCAGCCGGGCGACUCGAUUGCGCCUCUCCCGAGGCUGGCGAUGGGCAUAGUAAACAAAGUGACGCACUCGAAUCGCUUGAUGACACCGUGGAACACGAAACAGCUGGCGAUAUGCGUCUUAGUAAAGGUAGUAGUGUUGCUGCUGAUAAGAGUCAAGUUCAACCGAAUGCCGCGGAGACACCAACAGCAGCAACAACGUCCGAACUGAACCGAACCGAACGAGAUGCCGAAAUGCGUUUAGAUCAGUUGAUGAACGACCUCGUUGAUGAUAACGAGAGCUCUUCUGCGCAAUCGGUUGUUGCCACGAUGGAGGUAAAGUCCACUUCGAAGGACGAUAGUGUUACGCGGGUGGAAGCGAAUGCUGAUGAAUUCGAUCAGCCAGAAGUUAGCCAAAAGCCUAACAUUCGGGAAUUUCGCGAUGAAGACAUGGAACUGUUGGUGAUGGUCGGUCCAAGUGUAGAUAGUGAUUUCGAGGAGUUGGUCAAGGCACAACUGGACGGUGACAAUUCGGAGCAAAUUCAACAGAUUCAUGAGCGAAUCAUUGUUGGAAUUGAACGCUCGAGCACUAGUGGCGACAGUGGCAGUGAAGUGGAAGUGGAUAGCGUGGUUGAGCAAACCGUUGAGGGUGGCAGUGUGAAUGAUGGUGUAGAAGAAGAAGAAGUAGUAGGAGAAAAAUCCCCGAUGGACGUUCCAGAUUGCGGAUUAGGUGCAGAUGCAUCCGGUGCCGAAGAGCAGCCAGCACGGAAUUAUCAAGAAUCAGGCAGCUCUUCUCCGGCCACACUCACGCCAACAGCGGCUAGCGCUCCCAGUAGCCACACCGUAGCUCCCCUCGACGACGAACCGAACGGCAGUCCGACUGCCACGAUUAUGGACCAGAUGAAUAAUGUGGUGACGACAACGACGACAGCGACCGCCAUUGCCAGUACCGUGUACCAGCAGACCACGUCAGUGGCCACGGCCGCCGGGUUCCUGCACAAACUAGCGGCAGCGCCUCCGGCCUUCUCACGGUUGCCACCGGACGGGCAUGAAUUCCCGCCGAACUUCAGCGAACCAUCGUCCAACGGUAGCGGCGUCGCAGCGACAGCAACGACGAUGACAGUUCUCAACGGAAACGGCGCGAUCCCGCUCGGUGCCAAGGGGGAUAAACAUUCCAGCUAUGAAGACAUUCCCGAUCUGCCGAAAAGCCACCCGCCAACCGUGCCUCGCAAGGUUUUCCGCCAGGAUCUGGUACUGAAGCAACUAAACCAGAACCAACCGGCUGAGCCGCAAAUCUUCAAAAAACCUCCAAUCUUCCCUUCGCCUGUUAGAAGCAACUCACUGGUACCGGAAAGUAACGGAGCUGGUAAAAUGUCCACGAACGGCGACGAAUCCCGACGCCGUUCCUCCGAUAUACACGAAAUCAAUAAGCCUCCGUCGCGCGUCUCCCUGGUCGGAUCCAACUGGCGCAAGGAUGAGAAAUCCGAACGGAGUGUGCGUGAUAAGAUUGCGAUGUUCUCCAAUGGAUCGGGUGGUGGAGGAGGUGGUUCAGAAAAUGAGGCCCCGUCGACGUUGCGCAAGUUUAGUAAAGAUUUCACCAAGAGCUCGGAGAAUCUACUUGGUGGUGGAGAGGGUGGUUACUCGCGGAAGAGUGUUGAUCCGAUUGAAACUUAUGCUACACUGAGAAAGAAGGCACAUAGCGUGGAGAAUUUAGAUGAAGUUGAUAGUAUUCCUAGUGGUGGUGAGUUUAAAACGAUGGAGAGUAACGGUUACAAGACUAAGUUCAGUUUGGAAACGUCGAAACCGGUGGUUUUGGGAAAAGCAUACAGUGUAGAGAAUUUAAAUCCAUCCAAUGGGAUGAAGCCUUCGGGUGAGGAUAGUAACAAAUUGGAAAGCACAGGGUUGUUUGGAAGUGCAAAGAUUUUGUCCAGAACUACUAGUUUUUCUGGUUACUCCAAUGGAAAUAGUUUGGCUUCGAUAAGUAAUUCAAAUAAUGUUGAGGAGAGGCGAAAGUCAUCGAUCACAAACCUUCUGGAGCAGAGAAAGAAAUCGAUGUCCAAGCUGAGGGGAUUAGUCAUUCCUGAAAAAGUGCCAGAAACGGAAGUUCUUCAGGAUUCCAAGAUCAUCGGUCUUCCUAUCAUCAAGAGUAAAGAUUCCGAGAAAAUACUUUCCUCCAACGUACUUAAUAAAAUUCCGGAAAACUCGUACAGCAGAAAAACAGCAACACUUCCGGCUUCUGCUAAGCCAGCUGGAAAUAUUUUCAACGCAGUAACUGCAUCGAAACCAUCUACGGAAAUCGGUGGUACCUACAAAAGCAUUUUUCGCAAUCUAAACGGCUCUUCUCCGAAAAUGGAAACCAAGGCUGAGUUCGACGAUCAAGGUUUCCGAAGACCUCUUGGACUGGUUCCCCCAGCGAAGCCACCGAGAACUUCCCUCACCUAUCCACCGACCAAGGGCCUCGAUCAGCGCAGUCAGACAACCGAGGAUGAAAGCGACGACAGUGAUUCGGUGCUGAGCUCCCGUGUAUCGUCUCCACCGGUUUCCCCGGUCGCUCCUUCCUCCCCAGAGAAGUACGUUCUGACGCGAACGCUCAGCUCGGAAACGAACACUUCGAUUGCGAGUUCUAAUUCGACAAUUACUUCGAGCUCCGGUUCGCAGGCAAGCUGCAGCUCUGUCGGAAGCACACCCGCGAUCGACAUGAGCCGUCGCAUUUCCAAGUCCUCUUCGAGCGAAAUGAGCAUGAAUCGGAAAAACGUUUUGGCAUCCGCUAAGAGUCGCAGCGGCCGGGGUGAUUUGAAAAUCGAAGAUGCAGCCAACGGAAAACCCAAGCGGUACGAGGAUGAAGACAGUACGGAUGGGUAUGAGGAGGAGGAAAGACGGAAAUCUAAGUCGAAGCCCAGAGGAUCGGUUGGUAGUGUGAAAAGUUCUUCCAAUGGCUUCGAGGAGAAGGAAAUAACCCACUACAAGGUGGUGGACACAGUAGACAGUAUUGUAGAUAAGGUGAUAAAGGUUGCUUCCUACGUCGAGGUUGUUUCGGAUGUCGAGGAGAAUGCAGGUCUUGAAACGGAAGUGGUCAUUCCGAUGCAAAAACCGAUCGAACCGGCGAGAGAGAAGCUUAGCUUUAGCGCUCCCAAAACUGCUUCGGUCGAGAACGGAUCGCCGAACACGAUGUCCGAUCUAGCAAAGUGGGUGCGCCAUGAGGCUGCUAAAACCAUUGUCAGUAAAGAAAUCGAGGUGCCUGCUCGAGUGGAGGUGAAGAAGUUCAGUCGUGCAAUUUCUGAACACGCUGCGAAACCCAGCGAGGAGCUGAAAUCCGCGGCGAAGCGGGAAUUACGUUCAUCGGUUGAUACGAAAAAGUUAAACCUCGCCGAAAUUCGGAAGUCUUUCGAAGCCAAAUCGAACAACAGUACAGUGGUUCCUUCGCCCGUUAGGACCGCUCCGAAGGAAAUUCCUGGACAACCUGGUAAAGCACCUCCGGUAGCUAAUAAUCACGACCGUUUCUCGUCGUGGGAUUCUAUGGCAUCUUCCUCUUCGGGAGUGUCAUCACUACAGGCCAACAGCCUGCUCAGUAAUGCCGUCGCGAACUGUUCCGGCUCAUCGCAGACGCUCCAGAGCACACCUUCCGACUACGGAAGCUUUUCGUCGCUUGGUAGCAGUCAUAGUCUGAUUACCCCACAAGAUCUGCAGUUAAUCAUUGAAGAAGCGGACCCGCCUCUGGCGACGCCGGAAGCGUUCGUCAUAGUGCUGCAGCGUGAGACGCCCGAGUCUAGCAUCGGUAUUACGCUGGCAGGCGGAUCGGACUACGAAGCGAAGGAAAUCACGAUCCACAAAAUCCUGAACAACUCCCCGGCGGAAAAGGAUGGUAGACUGCGUCGCGGAGACCGUAUUCUCUCCAUCAACGGAUUGAGUAUGCGUGGACUGACCCAUCGCGAGUCGUUAAGUGUACUUAAGACACCCCGUCCCGAGGUUGUCAUGGUGAUAACUCGCUCCAAAUCGCUGAUCGUUGACAACAGUCUACUGGCCAAGAUCAAGCGACCAUCCCUAGGUUCGCUCAGUUCAUUGGCCGAGAAGAACGAAAUUCCCGACUACGAACGCAAGAUCAAAAUCCAGCACAAGGCAUCGCGUUCGCUAGAUCUUGAUCUGGACAUUGUGUCCAACGAAGCGGAAAGCGUCUUCGAUGGAACCGCAUCGGAAGAUGGUUUACUCUCCGCUGAUGAGUCAAAAUGUUCCUCGAUCACUCCUGCCAGUGAUGAAAUCGUCGCACCAAUCCCCGAUGGCCGACUGGUGGAAAUGAUGAAGGACGGCGCCGGUCUUGGCUUCUCCAUCGAGGGAGGCUUCGAUUCGCCCGCCGGAAACAAACCACUGCUGAUCAAGAAGAUUUUCAUGGGCGGUGCAGCGGAAAAAUCCGGUCUACUCAAGGCCGGCGAAGAAAUUGUUGCCAUUAACGACAUCGUGAUCGAACGUAUGACCCGGAUACAGGUGUGGAACAUGAUGAAGAAGCUACCGAACGGAGUCGUGAAAAUUACGCUCAAGUAAAGGCGAUAAAAAAACAAGCUUUUUCCUAUAAAAAACACAGAAAAAAAAACAUUAUUGCUUAGAGUAUAUUUAGUAAGUGCGGUCCCCUGCGCCGCAGCAGUAAAAAUAAUCAAAUUAUUAUAUCCUUCUCUUUUACGCCCCGCUUUCUUUUUAAACAAAUUCUAGCGUUGUAAGAAGCCUUGUUGAUUGUAUAUUUUAUAUAACCUGUGUUUGGCAAUUGUAUACUGAAGAAAAAGAAAAUCUGUUAUUUAUAAUUGGGUAAUGCGAAACGAAUAUUCGAAAUAAUCUAAAAUAUUUUAGACUGAUCUGUGAAAUUAGCAUCCCCGACUCGGUCGGAAAUUUGCGGUUGAAAACGAAGCAAAUCAAAAACCAAUCGUUGAAACAAAUCAAAACUGUUUGGGUAACGUAUCUGUGAAUCGAAAGGAAAAAAAAAUAAGAGCAGCAAUCAUUUAUAGAUAGUUUUAGUCAAUUAUGAUGAUGAGUGAAGCAACACGUACUGUUCUGUUUCCACAAACGUUAACGUACUAAUCCUAGCGUAGCGUAUUUUUGUAGCUUUUCCCAGCGAAGCUAAUAAAUAGGUAAUUGAUGUGAACAGAAGUGCAAGUGCAAAAAUGUGAAACUAUACAAAUUCUGAAAUUUUCUUGCCUUAUUAAAGAAACAACGCAGUGUAAUGGCAGACUAAUAACAAUAUAAUUAUCUGCUUCCCUUUAUUUUUUUUUUUUUUUUUGUACGUAACGUUGAGCCCAGUUUGCUGAAAGCAAACCGCUCCACUAAGGGGCCUGGCUUAUUGUUUCUAAUCACGCUAUUUCAAAAAAUCGCUAUUUUAUUCGUGUAGAUAUUUAUGGCCCAUAAAAAGUCGGUUUCAAUAAAAUACAGAACUAAAUCUGUUCAAGUGA